CACAUCAUAUCUCUCCUGUCAACCCAAAGGUUGGAGUGAGUCUUCUGAAGACACACUACAACCACAAACCCUGAAGGAAGAAGUUUUGCCUGGAUUUUUAAAGUCAACAAUUUACUUUGGAUUAAGUUUUGGAUACCAGUUUUAUUUGAUCACACUUUACAUACCAUUUUGUGUUAUUGUAUUAAGUUAUUUCAUUAGACAUUGCAAAUAUUCUGUGGAGAUCUUAUAGUUACUCUACAUUUUAUGAUUAUAACAUUGUAAUGCCAAGUGACACAUUUUGUUCUGAGAUGAUGUACACAGUGAUGUAAGUUAACUAAAAAAGGGUGGAAAUAUAGAAAUCCUGAUAUUCUUGUGGACUUUACAUCAGUGGAUAUUCAAAAUGAUGCCGGUUUCACGGAUCAGCGCUGCGCGUAAAAGCGAGUGGCUGAAAUGCGCUCUCGUCCACCACUUCAACCCUGAUCCUGGUGUGGAAAACGAGAUCGUGGUCUUGGCAACCGGUGUUGACCAGUACCUCCAAGAGGUUUUCCAUCACCUGGCGUUUAAUAACGGCGAUGAUCUCGUCUCCGAUGAGGAUUUCAGGAUGUUGUGUUUGGUUUUGGGGAUCUCCAUAAGCGCAGAGACUGAAAAUGGCACAACGGAGCACAAGGACAUUUGUUUCGGACUUCCUCACGUGCUUAACUUCAAAGAGUUCCAUGCACGACUUUGUGGAUUUUUCUCCAUCAAAGCGCAGGAAGGACAGAGGACAGGACGACUGCCGGUUAGUGAGGAGACCGAGCACAUCGAGCGUGAAAUCAGACUCCGGUGUCCCCGCGUCCGGAGGAGAAAGUGUGUGAGUUUUGACCUGUCUAAAGAUCAUCAGACCCGGAAGAGGUCAGUGAGGGGAUCUGGACAAACUCAGAAUGUGGAUUAUUUACAGAGUUCGGUUUUAGAAUCCAGGAGAAACACAGUGAUGGAUAUUAACCCUCUGAGUAGAUGUCAGGACCAGCUAGAUUUGGAGAAUGCCAGUCUGAGAGAGCUGGUGGAGGACUUGCGUUCAGCUCUGCAGAGCAGCGAUGCACGUUGCAUUGCUCUGGAGGUGGCGUUACGCCGAAAACAAAUGCCACCACAACACACUGCUGUAACCACACCAGAGAGACAAGACUACAGUGUUGAGGGCAAGGCAAAAACCAAACAACCCAAACAAAUGGCAUGGGACACAAGAAGGAGCACUAAAGACCUCCAACGAGAGCUGGAACUGAUUCGAGCAUCUCGCGAUGGACAACUUGAGGAAGCCAUGAGGUUCAACCAGAGGUUAGAGGAAGAGUUGAUGGCCGCCUUUGGAGAGCUCAACAGGAUGCAGGAGGUGGUGGGCAGUGUCAGAAGAGAAAAUGCUCGGAUCAAGAAGAGGGCAGAGGAGGCGAGAGGGGCCCUGUCCGCAGGGCUUGAGGGCGUUAGGGCCUUAGAAGACCAGGCCCAACAAGCUGACCUGCUUCGAGACAGAGUCCAGAAUCUGGAGAAGUUCAGGGCUCAGUGCACCUGCAAGGAGCUGAAUAUGAAAACAACAGAGAUACUUGUAGAGCCAUGUGGGUCUGGAUUCCCUUCCCCCACUGGUCACGAUGACUCCAUUAUCAGAAGAGAAGAGGGCCUGCAGAGGUCAGUAGAGGGUCGGGCUGCUUCUGAUGAGGAAGAGGAGGAAAGAGGGGUAGAUGAAGGACAGUGCUGCCUCCUGGAGGUGAAACGGAUGAUCAACAGAUUGCACGGCUGUGCCAGAGGGUGUCAUAAAACUGCUAUCUGUCAGUGGCUCGUUUCUCAGACUUCAGCCCACAGCAGAGAAAUCCAAAGAUAUUCUGGAAUGAGAGAAAUCAAAAGACGAGAGUGGAUUCCUAGAGCAGAUGAAAAGUCUGGCAAACCUGUAAAGCAGAAAGAGGUGGACAGUUUAAGACAGGAAGUUCAGAUGGUGGAAACAGAGAUACGACCUCUGCUGGAGGAGAGACUCACUGAUGCACUCACUUUACUACUGCAACUACGAGAUAAGAGAGUCUCUUGCAAAGUCUUGGGAAAAAUUCUAAUCAACACUCUAGAGCUGUGUACCAGAAAAGGCCGCGAAAGCACCCCAGUAUUCAUGGUAGUGGACACACUGUGUCAGCAGCUCCUUUCCAGUCACCUCCUAGAUGGAGAGGAGGUCAGCAUAGGGGUACGACCUCCUGUGACCCCAGGUCAACGAAAUCCGUCCAACACACUUAUGAUGUCCUGCUGAGAGCAUCACAUAUGUCCCAUCACUGACAAAGGUCUUAACUUAAACUGUUCUUUGGUGCAGAGAACAUAAUUAGUUUAACACUACUGUUUUUGUUAAGAAUGUGUUUUAUUGUAAGUGUAACAAGCGUGAGCUUUUAGUCUCUGCAAUAGAGAAUGAUAUCUUGCCGAUGAGUCUUAAUUCAAGCUUUCCAACCAUGCAUGCAGGGUCUUUAACAUCCAUCGCACAAACCACAAUGACGGUGACCCAAAGGGACAACAAACACAGCACCACCAAUGCAAAUACUGCAAUAAAAAGCAAAUAUUAAGACAUAUAUGUUCAGUUUUUACAAAAAAUAUUUAAAGGUGCAAUAUAACAAUUUUCAUGUAAUGUUAGCCUUUUUUUGCCAAUGUGUCAACGGCUUAUAACGCAACUUAAAAGAUGAGCCCUUCCCGGACUUCCUUGGUUUCCAAUUAAAGCCUGUCGACUGAUUUUCAUUCGAAGGGCGCGGGUCGCAUUUGCUGGGAAAAUCCAAAGGAUGUGACCUUUAUGCACGCUCCCGAGAGCCUUGCCUCAGUAAUCACUUCUCUUCCGCUAUUCAACAGCAACAUCAAACUGCAACACUAGGUAACUAACAUUAUCUUAGAAAUGGAAUCCAGCACAGCACCAGCUCCUACACAAACUCUGAGGAAGCCAAAAAAUAAACCAUUUAUCUACUGAAUCCUGUCUGGCUAAGCGGGAACGUGAUCGUGGCUGAGCGAAAACUAGAGUGAACACCGACAUUUGAUUCCUAGAGGGACCUUAAUUCGGUUUUGGGAAUCAAAACCUACCCUUAAUUGGCAUUCUUCUUAUUGGACAGGUAAGCUUACAUAACUGCAAAGCAUGUGAAACAAAGUGCCAUAAGAAUUGAUCUGUGUAAUUUUAGCUAACUUGAUCUUGCCUGCUAACGCUGAUGAAUUGUAAGCUACCUUGCUUCUUAACUUUCAAAUAAUUUCAACAAUCUUCUCUUUAUACUAUAAUUCAUGUAUACAGGAUUAAGCAAAUAAGCUGGUUUCUUAUUCGUAGUACAACAUAUGACAUACAAUAGUGCAACAUAACUGCAGUGCAACAUUAAAGUGUCUGGUAUAGUUCGGAAGUAUGUAGCUGUAUGUAUGUAUCAGUAUGCUAUGUUAGCUGAUAAGUAGUUUAAGUUUAGUCUCAAAGUUUGCAGUAAAACAAUCUUAACUCAUUUUAAUUAUGCUACCUCAUCUGUCAGUAUGAUGCUGGUGAAUCACGUACAGCCUUUUUGUACAUUACGUCCUUGUUUUGGUUGAUGCUCGCUCACUUCCCUAUGGAGUGUGUGCACGAGCAUGAGCAACAGAUAACUGGCUGCAGUUCACUUAACGGCCACAGGUGUCAUUAAUAACAAGGGAUUCUGAAUCUUAUAUACUGCACCUUUAAGUUGUCCUAACGCAAAUGGAUUAAGUGAACUUCCAUUUUACUCAUUUAAACUUACUGCACACUAUGAAAUUAGGUUGUUUGACAAAAAAUUCAAGAAUUAUGUUUCAUGAGUUUUGAGUUAAAUUCAACGAGAAACAAAAAUUUAUUUUUGAGUGUCUGUUUGUUUUUGUACAUACUGUAUAAGUCUGCAUCAGAUAUGAUGUGUUCUCAUGGCACUUAAUUUGUUUGGGAAAACUGUUAUACUUAUUACUCUAACAAAGCCAUGUUUAUGUUAUAUUGUUUUAUAUAUUUGA